AUGCUGUUCAAGCCGAAGUUCGCGACUAUUCUGACACUUAUCGUUGUAUCCAGCUGCGGGGACAGUUUCCUGCAAGUCGGAGCUGUGUCCCAACAACAAUGGGAUCAGCUCAACUCGACCGUCAACGGUCGACUUCAGGCGGCUGUCCCCUUCUCUCGCCCGUGCUUUCCCGACGUCGCACAGGAUGUUCUCGGCGAGUUCGAUGAAGACGAGUGUGCUACCGUCCAAGCAGGCUAUACCAAUUCGACCGUGCGCGUUGGUGUCGUUGGAUCGUACAUGAUGACGCAAUGGGAGACUUGUCAGGCAACCUCGGAGCAGUGUCUUCUCGACGAUCUCGAUCCUAGCGAUGCACAGGCGUUUUCCCCUCCGCAGGUCUGCGCACAGGGCGGUAUUCCGCCUCUUUAUAUCGAUGUCCAGGAACCCGCGGAUGUCCAAGCUGCGUUUUCGUUCUCUCAGAACACCAGUGUCCCUAUCGUCGUCAAGACCACAGGACACGACUAUUCCGGACGUAGCAGUGGAGCGAACGCUCUCGCGCUCUGGAUGUACAAUCUGCAACAGUUAUCGUACAACUCAACGUUCGUGGCAUCUGGCUGUCAAGAGUCUAGCGCAGCUCCCGGUGUCACUGUCGGGGCUGGCGUGACUUUCGGGCAACUGUACGAUUUUGCCGAAGCGAAUAACAUAACAUGUCCUGGAGCGGCCGAGCUCAGUGUCGCUGUUGUGGGAGGCCAUCUACAAGGCGGCGGGCACAGCGCACUAUCCAAUGCCUUCGGUCUUGCGGUCGACCGAUUGCUGGAAGUAAAGAUAGUCACACCCACCGGCGAAUACCUCACAGCCAACUCAUGUCAGAACGAAGAUCUUUUCUUCGCCAUUCGAGGCGGGGGAGGCGGGACCUUCGGUGUCGUCAUGGAGGCGACCAUUCGCGCACUUCCUCAACUCUCCUUCCCCGCAGUACAUUUCGAUUUCAAUGUCACUUCGGAAACAGAAAGAGAGCUGUUGCAAUUCAUCGCCUCCAAUUCGCUGCAAUGGGCAGAAGCAGGUUGGGGUGGGUAUAUACUGCCGAAGGGGUCCAUGCUCUUUGUAAACCCGUUCUUGAGCAUGGCUCAGGCGGAGGAACAGAUGACUUCCUUACAGCAGUUUGUCACCACCAAUCUGGGCGCGACAUUCACCCUCACGCUCCAGCCGUCCUUUCUUACGAUGUUCAAUAAUUUCUUGCUUCCCCCAGCAUUGCCGGUGGGGCUGCCAUUCAUCACGACUUCACGACUCAUUCCGGCAGCAAACUUCGCCUCAAAUGAAAGUCAGGCAGAACUCGUCGAUAGAGUGAUCGAGGCCCUCGAUGAUUCCCCCUACCAGAUCAUCUUCGCCGUCACCCCAUAUUACUUCAAGAGCCCCGGCGGAACGAGCAUCAAUCCUAUUUGGCGCGAGUCUCUGUGGCACGUAUUGGGGUCAGCGAGCUGGAACUACAACACGACAACCGACGAGAAGCGUGCGAUAUACAGCAACCGCACCUCCCAGAUGGACCUUCUGCGCGAGAUCACACCCGGGUCUGGUGCAUAUUUCAACGAAGCCGACGUGCACGAGCCAGACGCAUCCGCGUCGUUCUGGGGAGACAACUACGACACGCUCGUCGCUAUCAAGCGGAGGUACGACCCCAAUCACCUGUUGGACUGUUGGCAAUGCGUCGAUUGGGAGGGCCCAUCUGCUGCGCGGUUCUCGUGUUACCUUUAG